GCGCACACAAUGUCACGACGUGGCGUCGGUAGACAACCGGACUAUCGUCGUGACCAGCCGUCACCGGCGUCUCAACAAGGCGGUGGAAGAGGCAGAGUUGCUGGUGGCAGACGAGGCGACGCUGAUGGAAGAGGACGCGGUACUGCUCCUUCUAGUUUCUCUCUGGUUGUUUCACAACCAUCAUCAGUCGCUUCACCUUCAACUUCGGCUCCUCCUCAGCCUCAGCCUCAGCCAUCACCGUCCUCGGUGGCUGAACUGGCAAGUGGUGUCGAAAGGACAGUCACAUUGCAGGAUCAAGCUCCGCCGAGAAGGCCUGGCUACGGAAACGUCGGAAAGAAAAUCCAAGUCCGAGCAAAUCAUUUUCUCGUUGAAGUCGCCGAUAUAGAUCUCUUCCACUACGAUGUGACUAUAACGCCAGCGAUAAAAUCAAAGAAAGUGAAUCGGAGUGUAAUGACUCAGCUAGACACGCUGUACCGAGAGUCACAUUUUGGUGGCAGAAGGGCUGCUUACGAUGGCAGCAAUAGAAUGUAUACUGCAGGUGCAUUGCCGUUUACAUCCAAAGACUUCAUUGUCAAGUUAGACAAUGAUGACCGUGCCGCAUCUUCGACUUCCAGCUCUGCGAGAAAAGAACGCCUAUUCAAAGUGGCAAUUAAGUUGGUUUUUAAGGCUGACUUACAGCAUCUGAAAGAGUUUUUAGUCAGUAGGCAGUCAGAUGUUCCGCAAAAAACAAUUCAAAUUCUCAAUUUGGUACUCAGAGCGGAACCAUCAAUGAAGGAUACUGUUGUGGGGAGGUCAAUUUAUCAUCCUAACACAAAUGAUAGAUUGGGUGACGACGGUAUUGUUUAUUGGAGAGGCUACUACCAAUCUAUCAGGCCAACCCAGAUGGGGCUCUCGCUCAACCUCAUCGAUAUGUCGGCCAGAGCAUUCUAUGAACCACUUCUUGUGACUGACUUUCUCGCAAAACAUUUCCAAUUUAAUCUAUCAAGUCAUCUGUCUUAUCAGGACCGUCUUAUGAUUAAAAAGGCUUUGAGAGGAAUAAAGGUUGAGCUUUCUCAGACGGACUAUGUAAGAAGCUACAAAGUCACUGGUGUUUCAACACAAUCAGUUAGCCAGUUAAUGUUUACCCUUGAUGACAAGAAAACAAAGACAUCAGUUCUUCAAUAUUUUCGUGACAAAUAUAACAUUGUUCUCCAGUAUGCGUCUUUGCCUGCCCUUCAAGCGGGUAGUGAUUCAAAUCCAGUUUAUUUACCGAUGGAGGUUUGUAAGAUUGCUGCCGGACAGAGAUACACUAAGACAUUAAAUAAAAAACAAGUAACUACCCUAUUAAGAGCAACAUGUCAACGGCCUUAUGAAAGGGAAGGGAAUAUCACAGAUAUCAGAAAGCGAAAGCUUGUAAAUGAGGACUUCGGACUCCAAAUACAAGAAGGACUUACAACGGUUGAUGCUCGAGUGUUGCCAUCUCCAACGCUUAAUUAUCAUGAAACUGGGAGAGAACCAAGGGAACAGCCUACAAUGGGGCAAUGGAAUAUGAUAAACAAGAAAAUGGUCAACGGCGGUAGAGUGUCAUAUUGGACGUGUGUGAAUUUCUCCACUCGAGUGAACAAAGAUUUUCUGUUCCAAUUCUGUGAUAAAUUGGUCAACAUGUGCAACAGCAAAGGAAUUGAUUUUAGCCUAGACCCUUUGAUACCAAUACAUUCAGCUCAUCCUGGUCAAAUUGAUAGGGCUCUCAUGAAUAUUCACAAGCAGAGUGAAGCCAAACUUAAAGAAAUUGAGCCAGCAGGAAAACAGCUUCAGCUGUUGAUAAUUAUUUUGCCUGAUGCCACUGGGUCAUAUGGGAAGAUUAAACGUAUAUGUGAAACGGAGCUAGGGAUUGUUUCUCAGUGCUGUCAGCCCAAGCAAGCAUCAAAGCUUAGUAUGCAGUACCUUGAAAAUUUGGCUCUCAAGAUCAAUGUGAAGGCGGGGGGACGUAACAAUGUGUUAACUGAUGCUAUACAAAGAAGAAUUCCUCUUAUAUCUGAUCGACCAACAAUAAUAUUUGGUGCGGAUGUGACACAUCCACAACCGGGAGAGGACUCUAGCCCUUCGAUAGCUGCGGUAGUAGCUUCUAUGGAUUGGCCGGAGGUAACCAAAUACAGAGGACUUGUCUCUGCACAGGAUCACAAUGAAGAAAUUAUCCAGGAUCUCUAUAAAUUAGUGCAGGAUCCUCAAAGGGAUUUGGUUCAUGGAGGCAUGAUCAGAGAUCAACUUAUUGCCUUCAGAAAAGCAACUGGGCAUAGACCCCAGAGGAUUAUUUUCUACAGAGAUGGUGUUGGCGAAAGCCAAUUUAGUCAAGUUCUGCUUUAUGAGAUGGAUGCAAUAAGAAAGGCCUGUCUCUCCCUAGAGGAAAAUUAUCUGCCGCCAGUUACUUUUAUCGUUGUUCAGAAAAGACAUAAUACACGCCUUUUUCCUACAGAUAAUCAGACAGACAGGAGUGGCAAUAUUCAACCAGGUACUGUUGUCGAUACGAAGAUUUGCCAUCCAACUCAGUUUGACUUCUACCUUAACAGCCAUGCUGGAAGACAGGGGACUAGCCGGCCCAUGCACUACCACGUGUUGUACGAUGAGAACAAUUUUACUGCAGAUCUCUUACAAGUGCUAACCAAUAAUUUGUGUUACACGUAUGCAAGGUGCACUCGAUCAGUUUCCAUAGUUCCUCCUGCAUAUUAUGCCCAUUUAACAGCUUUUCGAGCACGCUAUUACAUUGAGGGUGAUACAUCAGAUGGUGGUUUUACUGGGAGUGAGAACAGAACAGUGUUCCGGCCCCUUCCUCUGAUCAAGGAUAACGUGACGGAUGUCAUGUUUUAUUGCUGA